ACAUAAAAUGGCUGUAGCACUUAAGAAAACGCGUCUCGGUUCUUGCUAAGAGGCAUACAGUCAGAUAAAUCUUAAUUUUAGCCAACAAAGGCCGCCCUGAUUUUUGGUGAAUUCAGUUCAGCGUUUGGCUGGAGAGGCGGAGGUUUAUUUCAAGCGUCGGUCGCUAGAUGGCGAAAGAAGUCCAGUUUUGUAGGGAUUAACGGGGUCGUGUAUCGUGCUGCAGCCUGGAUUAUUGUGCAAUUCUACAUCUAGUUCAAAUCAUGAGAUGGCAUUCAAAGGCAAUGCGGUCGACUCAAAGGUAAGCGUGAAUGUGUUGCGAUUUCUUCAGCUCAUACUUCUAUCAGUGUCAGCUGUCAGUCCGCCAUUCAACGAAAGAUCGCUUGACAAUCAUGUGUGAUACAAAAAUGAGGGUGAUCCACAAAUAAAUCAACAGCCCGCAAGGUUUUGCAGCAGCUAAAUGUCUUCAGCCUAGACUGCAGGCUGUGUUUUUGUUUAUAAUGUUGUGUACCGUGGAAAUAUGCACUGUAGCCCACCAGACAAAUUAGUUACUGUGUUGUGAAAUCUUCCUCCUCCCCACAGACCGUGCUCUUCAAUCUCCUUCUGUGUCUGCUCAUAUUUUACUCCCUUUUCUACAUGAUCGGCAGUGUGUGUUUCGGUGCCUUCAGGUGAGACCAUCUCACACGCAUGCGUACAACAGCACAUGAACGCAAACUCGUUUUAUAAAGCAGCAGUCAAUUUCCCCUGAGGUGGUUUACACCCGAAUUCAGCGUCGAUUUCCAUUUCCAUUGUGUGUGAUUAACUGAUUUUAAUUCAGAUAGGCAAAAAUGAAUACAUAGUUAUCUAAUAGAAUAUCUAAAACUGUUUCAGACAGAUGAAAAGAGACUUAAUAAAAACCAAACAGAUAAGCCCAUUGUGCAAGUUAACUGGAUUCCAGUAAAAUACAAGUUUGAAAGCAUUUUACACACAAAUAGCUCAACAAUUAGACACCGAAUUAAUAAUAAUGGCUGUACAUAUGACAUACUCCUAUCUCCUCAUUUCACUGUAAAUUAUUAUGAGUGCACAUGAACCUGCCCCUUGACUUUUUUCACAUCAGGUUAAAUGCUAAACUGGCUUUUUUUGUCCCAGUUCUAUGUAAAAUGAUGAAACUGAACAGUUUACAGAAAAACUUGAAAAAAAAACAUCUGUUUCCCUCUGUAAAAAUGACACACUGUAACUGUUUGGUAAGGUUUUUCCCUUGUAAUAUGACUCUUUGAUUAGGCUGGAUAGCUUUGACGGACUGAUCCCAUUCGACUUCAAGACUGAACCUGCUGAAUCAAACUCCAAGUACUUAGGUGAGCCUGCGGAUUAUUUCCAGCAUUGUCAACUAUGACUAUGAACCUAGUUUAAACUUGCGGUUUUGUUGGUCAUUUACAGUGAACCUCCUUUCUCUUGAGCUUACCUACUUCUGCAGUGGCCUGUUGUUUGCUGCAGUGGUCAGGAGGCGGGUCUGGGACUACGCCCUCACUGUUACACUUUUGCAUGUGAUGAUCACCAGUCUUGGUAAAAAAAACAUUCUAACAGUUGUGCACACAAAUUUUUGAUUAAAUUAUGAAAUCUCACAUCUUAUUUCUCUGUUGCAGUGAUGUUGGAGUUUCCUAUGGUGUGGCAGUGGUGGCUAGCUCUGGGUAAACAAAACACCACCACCACAACAUUCGAGAAGUUUUUCUCUUAAAUUGAAUUGAACUCUCCUUAAUUAUCUUUUUCUCCAAAAGGUAGCGGCUUGUUUUUGAUGAUCUGCAACGGUCAGCUGAUAGCAUACUUCACCUGCCAGAGUGACCAGAGCUACGCCUCCUUCAACAUCUACUAACAGACAAAAAGCUGCUGGUUGUAUAAACUGUUUCAUAACUAGUCCUGUGAGGUGAAGUGGAAAUUAUCAGGCCAGACGCUUGCUCCCUAAAAGAACCUAUGAGACCCACCCUAGUGAUGGGCUUGUUCUGUUUAUCACCAAACACAACUGUUCACCACCUCACAUGAAGUCAGAGCUUGGUCCAGUCUGUGAAGUGUUGCCAAAUGAUAUGUGUCCUAUUGUUAAAAAGGUCUUAUUUUAAUUAUUUUGUUUAUAUUGUUUUGUAUUUUGUCACUAUGCAGGAAGUCAAGGCAGCUGGUGAAGUAUUGUCUGUACGACUGUAAAAGCAGAAUGGGGACGUUGCAAACUGUGUGCCUGUUGUAUAAUAUUUUUUUAAGUAUUUAAUGUUAAAAUGUAAAAUGAAACUGUUUCAAAAUUAAGUAUUUAUUGUUUUGUACUUUCACACAUAAAGCUCGCUUAAACAUGUGAAACAGUGACCAGCCUAUUUCACAUUGUAAACUUAUGCUAGAAAUAUCAGUAUGCCACUAUUUAGUGUGUAACCAUGGAAACAUACAACUCAGUGCAAUGUUGGUUUAAGAAUAUUUUGUUCAAAUGUUAAAAAAAGACUUUAAAUUAAAAAUUUAUGAAAAAUAAAUAUUUUAACAAACACGCUCUCA